UGCAUGUUGCGAACAUUUGGCGAAUUUACGUAUUAUUAAGAUAUUUUCCAUUUAACUACAAAAUAAUCCAUAAAUCAUUACAUUAGAUAAAUAUCGAUUCAUUUAUAAUAUUUUAUACUCGAACAUAUUUCUGUAUCCUGGUCUGUUACAGCAUUUUCGAGUGUCAUAUCAUGUCUUAGAAUUUCGGACAUUUUUUCGGAUGGUUGCAAAUUAAAAUGGGAGAAAAAUACGACUUCUGCGCAUUGCUGACUAAAUAUAAUAAGGGUUCAAGAAAUGGUUAUGACUCCUUUGUGAGUCAACUUGCUGAUCGAAAGAUUGAGGAUGGCAUACUGCUAAAGUGUUUGACAUCUCUACAGCCAUGUGUUACUCAACUGGACAAAGAGAAUCACCAAGCUCUAGUCUCAGUCCUUCUUAGACUCAACUGGUGUAGCAAGCCUCCUGCAGUCAUAGAAGUUUACCAGUCUAUCAUUAUAACACUAGUCUCCACGCACACAGACUUCCUUAAGCCAUGCUUGAAAAUGAUCAUCAGCGUGUUUGUACCAGAUUUGAAGAAGAAGGAUGGAAAGGUGGCAGUUAAUGAGGAGAUGACCCAGUCACACAGUCGGGCAUUCAUUCAGGCCCACACCCUCCUGCGGGCUAUCACCCAAAUUGUCCCCAUGGCGGCUUCACCAGGAGUGUUGGUCCCAUUGCUAGGGGAGCUGUCGCCAUGGCAGGGUCGUCAUGUGUACGAACAAGAGUGUUACGUACGGAACCUCAUACAGGCCACAUACUAUCUUCCGACAUUACGACAAAACAUCAUGGAACACAUUAUACACAAGAUGAUCAACUACGAUAUCCAGGCGCCGAGAAGUAAGCUAGUGGAAACCAUCUCAGAUGAUAGUCAGGAGAGUGGGAUCUUCAACAUGGAUGAGACAAGCUCAUGCCACGAAGCGGCUGAGAAGCUAGACAUUAUGAUGGUGCUGUUGUAUGAAUAUAUCAAGUCUGUCUGCUUUAACAAUGGUGAGCUGAACUGGGAGUGUACAAAGCGUUUCUAUCGGGAGAUGUUAUACGUGUUUGAGAAGAUCAUCCUGCCCACCUAUGCCUGUUCACACACACAAUUUGUCAUGUUUUACCUCGCCAGUCUAAAAACAGAGCUGUGCGAUGGUUUCCUUGACUACUUAUGGAAGCGAGUCCAAAACCCGAAUGUUCAUUCUGUGUACAGACAGACGGCCGUUACCUACAUGGGUUCCCUGCUGGCACGGGCCAAGUUCAUCAAUAUACGGACGGUGAUGCGUACAUUGGAGCUUAUGAUGACGUGGGCACACAACUAUACCCAGACAUGCUUGGACAGUGUAAUGGCUGACAUCAAACACCAUGGACCCUUCUACUCUGUGUGCCAGGCAGUCUUCUAUGUGUUCGCCUUUAGGCAAAAGGAAAUGUUUGAAACAAGAAAAGGUUUAAAAUGGGCAGAAAACCUACAAAUACAGCACCUGAUUCAGAGUCGUCUUAACCCUCUGAAAGUCUGCCUUCCUCUCAUAGUGAAGACAUUUGCGUCAAUAUGCAGGCAGCACCAACUAGCGUUCUGUGACCAUAUCAUACAGCAGAAUGCCCGCUCUUUUAUACCCGUGGUCAGUGACGGAACACAGAAGGUCUUAGAGGCAUACUUCCCCUUUGACCCUUAUCUCCUUGAUAGGUCAAAGCAUUACAUAGAGGACCAAUAUAGAACGUAUGACCGCUGUGUGGACUUUGAGGAUGAGGACUCCGCUGAGGAAGAAGAUGAUGAUGAAAUGUUCACGGAGGAUGUGAUGUCAUCAAAACAUGUUGCCAUGGCAACCGCUCCAGGAAGUUAUGUUGACAAGUCAAAUGUUGAUUUAAUGAGUUAUGGAACAUCUCCGGGCUUUAUUGAUAUGACAUGAAGUUUAGAAAGAUAAAAGUUUUCAGCAAUUUAAGCUGCCUUCUAACAGAUUGACAGUUUUGACUUUUUAAAAAAAAUGAAUUGUCUCAGAAUCAGCUGAUUUUGGCAGCAAUGCAUUAAAUUAAGUUAUAUAAGAUAACCCAUAGUAGAACUGAUCUCAUUUGUAAGAAAAAUGUCCAAAAUUUCCAAUUUUCUUAAAGCGUUAGUAACGCUUUUAGCCAUAAAACAUCAACUUUUUAACAUAAAUAUUAAAAAUUGGCUCAUUCCAAGACAAAAAUAAAAAAGUCAGUCAAAACGGUCAAUCUGUGAGUGCAGCUUUAAUCAUAAGCAUUUAUUCAUUUUGCAUUGAGGUCAAUUCUGGAAUGGAAUAAGAUAAAUGAUUGACUUCUGAAUUACUUUAUUUUAGGGAUGCAAACUGAAUAUUUGAUUAUUUAAAUACAUCUUUUAGAAGUUGUAGUAAAUUAUUAUGAUUAUUCGCUAAAAUAAUAGCUGAGGCAUUUUAACCAACUUUGUCAUAGCCAGUAUGCCACAAUACAUUAUGAACAAACAUAAACAAAAAUCGAAUAAUUUCAAUUCCACUGCCUUCAUAUUUGUAAACAAUGUGAAAUUAGAUGGAUUCCUUAUCAAAUGGCGUAAUAAGCCAAUGGAGGGUGUUUUUGUAGGACGAGCAGCCUCGUUCUGGGAUAGACCUCUACUAAAUAUAUCAAUCUAUGGAAAAACUGAACCAACUCAGGAACUAGUGAAAUAAUAAAUAGCACCAUAUGUGGAGUUUGACUCAUCAGUAGAAAAAAUGUAUCUUUAUACACUUUAAUAUUAAGAACAGAAAUAUAUUUUUUGUGUCAUUUGUCUUAAAGCCAGUUGUUGUAAAAUAUUUUUAUAGUACCCGACGAUAUGUCCCUUACUGACAUAUGACGUGUGUAUAGUGUAUUGUCAUCACAUUCACACCUCUGGUGUUAUGGGCAAAUCGCUUUAAAACAAGACAAACAACUUUUUAUAUACACAGCAACAGAGUGAUAUUCAAAACAUUUAUAACUAUUCUAUUUAUUCAGUAACAAAAAAUCAAAUAUUCAAAAACCGAUUUUGACAUUCGAAUACCAAACAUUUCAUCUAAUAUUUGAAUAUUCGUUAGCAUCCCUACUUUAUUUUGAUAAAUUCAUAGCUGUUGUGAACUUGUCAAAUGAAGAAAUGAUUCUUAUUAUCAAAACCAUGAUUUAAUGAUCUUUUCAUGGUUUCAUGAACAUGUUAAAACUGUAUUGAAAGACUAAAGGUAAAGAAAAUGUCUUUAAUUAUCUUACUCAUAUUGAAGUUAUGGAUGAAAUGGAUAUAGAAUAAAAUUAGGGGUGAUAUAUUUUGAAAAGAAUUUUAAUGUGUUGUUAUAUGUCUUUACAUUUGUUUAA